GGCAUGAAGGCGAUCAUUUGUCUCACACUCUUCUGUUUUCACUCACUCCCCUUCUGUUGCCUUGCAUUACUACCUCAGCAUUGAUGCGUCACUGACGGUCCCUUACUGCACUGCCCGUCUCACCAACUUUGCCUCAGUGCGUGGUCUUGCGAGGCUCCAUACGCGCUGGGUACUCGGGUCAGCGCGUCGUUUCUGCCGAGUGGCCACUCUCAGGCGCGUCGAGUCCACAGCAACCUCACUUCACAGUACAUUAACUCCAUCUUCUGCCACCGUCGACAGGCAGCAGAAUGUCUGACUCCGACGAUGACCGACCUCUCAAAGCCAAAUCCAAGGAUACCAUCUCCAAAUCGGUAGACGCGGCCAUGGAUAAGUCAAUUCAUUCCAAUGGCCACGUCGCGCCCGGCAUCAGCAUGGCAAUGGGACCAUUCGACGGCAUGGACGUGGACAAGCCUGUCACCAACGGCGUCAACGGAGUCCACGGUUCUAAGAGGAAGACUUCACGUCCAAACGGCGCUAGUUACAGGGAGGACACUGAUGAUGACGAUGACGACGACGUGCCUCUUACCAAAAAGCGGAAGACGAAGACGGUGGCAGCAGUUGACGACGAAGACGAUGUGCCUUUGAAAAAGAAGGUAUCCAAGCCGCCGAAGGCUACUGCCCCACAGAUAGGCGCUGUGGACGGAGGUGACCUUCCGCUCGGCAAGAAGCUCCAGCAGGAGAAGGAGGAGAUCGAGCAAGAGGCAAAGAAGGAGGCCCAAGCGAUCCGGAAGAAGGAGAAGAGCACCAAGCGGAAGGCCGAAAGUGACGAUGAAGAUGACGUGCCUCUGAAGGAGAAGGCGCCCAUCAAGAAGGAGGCUGCUGUGAAGAAGAUCAAGAAAGAAGCGGACUCCGAUGAUGACGACGUGCCGCUAAGCAAGAAGGCGCCCACUAAGAAAGCUGCGAAAGUUAAGAAGGAGGAGACUGCGGUCGCUGCGAAGAAGGGCAAGGCUAAAGUCAAGCAGGAGGAGAGGACGGCCGAAGAUGAGGCGGCAGACGAUGAGGAAGAGGAGUACCGGUGGUGGGAGGACCCUGCGAAAGGUGACGGCACGAUCAAGUGGACAACGCUUGAGCACAACGGUGUCGUGUUUCCACCCGAGUACGAACCACUCCCGAAGCAUGUCAAGAUGUUAUACGACGGUGUACCUGUCACUAUGCAUCCGGACGCGGAAGAGAUCGCAUACGGCUUUGGGAGUAUGCUGAAUUCGACUCACAAUGUUGAGAACCCGACCUUUCAGAAGAACUUCUUCGGCGACUUCAAAGAGAUGCUCGACAAGACCAAGCACGCCAAGGACAAGGACGGCAACUCGGUCAAGAUUACGAAGUUCGAGAAGUGCGACUUUAAGCCGAUCUUUGACUACGUCGACGCCGAGCGGCAGGCGAAGAAGGCAUUGCCCGCUGCGGAGAAGAAGAAGCUCAAAGCGGAGAAGGAUGAGAAGGAGGCGCCGUACAUGUACUGCAUGUGGGAUGGUCGUAAGCAGAAGGUGGGCAACUUCCGUGUCGAGCCCCCGGGCCUCUUCCGUGGCCGUGGCGAGCACCCCAAGACCGGCAAGUGGAAGAAGCGAGUACAACCCGAGCAAAUCACGAUCAACAUCGGCAAGGAGGCGAUGGUGCCGAAGCCGCCAGAAGGGCACAAAUGGAAGGAGGUCAAGCACGACCAAGAAGGCACCUGGCUUGUGAUGUGGCAGGAGAACAUCAACGGCGCGUACAAGUACGUCAUGCUGGCCGCCAACUCCGACAUUAAGGGUCAGAGUGACUACAAGAAGUUCGAGAAGGCGAGGGAGCUGAAGAAGCAUAUUGGCCGGAUUCGAGACGACUAUACGAAAGAGCUCAAGGACGAGGAGAUGGUGGUGCGGCAGCGUGCCACGGCAGUCUACCUGAUCGAUCAGUUCGCACUCCGUGCUGGCAACGAGAAAGGCGAGGAUGAGGCGGACACUGUAGGCUGCUGCUCCCUGAAGUUCGAACACGUCACCCUCCGGCCUCCGGACACCGUCAUCUUUGACUUCUUGGGUAAGGACUCGAUCCGCUUUUACGACGAGGUAAAAGUCGACCCGCAAGUCUUCAAGAACCUCAAAAUCUUCAAACGCGCCCCCAAAACCGAUGGAGACGAUAUCUUCGACCGCCUGACCACGUCCGGCUUGAACAAGCAUCUCUCCAAAUACAUGCCCGGUUUAACCGCGAAGGUCUUCCGUACCUACAACGCCUCCUGGACAAUGGCGACGCUGCUGCAGAAAAUGAAACCGGACAAAGCCAUGUCGAUCGCGGAGCGAGUGAAAGAAUACAAUGACGCGAACCGCAAGGUGGCUAUCCUGUGUAACCACAAGCGCACCGUCGCCGCCUCACACGCCGCGACGAUGGAGAAGUUGGGGGAUAAGGUGAAUGGGCUGCGGUAUCAGCAGUACCGUCUCAAGCAGCAGAUGCUCGUCCUCGAGCCGAAGCUUAAGAAGAAGAAACCGGAGGGUUUCUUUGAUCUUCCUGAGGAUCUGGACGAGGAGUGGGUGAAGGCGCAUCAAGCUGCGCUUGUGGAGGCGGAGCGGGUCAAGAUCCGCAAGAAGUUCGAGAAGGAUAAUGAGAAGUUGGUUGCGGAUGGGGGGAAGGAGAUGAAGGCUAAGGAGCUUCAGACGAGGAUGGAGGUUGCGGAGGAGCUGGAGGAAAAGUUUAAGGCGGAGUGGAAGAAGGGGGGAAAGAUUGAGGUGGAGGGGAAGAGUGCGAGUGUGGAGAAGUUGGAGGCGGCGGUGGAGAAGUUGGAGGGGCGGAUUGCGAAUGAGAAGGUGAAGGGGGAGGACAGGGAGAAUAAUAAGGAGGUUGCGCUGGGGACCUCGAAGAUUAACUACAUCGAUCCGAGACUGACGGUGGUGUUCUCGAAGAAGUUCGAUGUGCCGAUUGAGCGCUUCUUUUCGAAGACGUUGAGGGAGAAGUUCGAUUGGGCGAUUAAGUCGGUGGAUGAGGACUGGGACUUUUAGAGCCGGAACAACAUCUGUUUGCGGUCCGUGAUGUCUUCUGCCCUGCAGAGAGUUCGAUGGAGAUAUGACGACGGCGAGAAAAGCUCACAGUGCCCAUGACAUUGAGCAUAUGGAGGCGGGAAGCUUCAGAGCGGCAGAUCUAGUGGGUCAUUGAUGGAAAGAUAGUAUAGCAGUGGAAGAGCGUCUUCCUAAUACUGUCCCUCUGCGCCCGUGCGUAUGGCUUGUAAGCUGUCUGCUGCACUCUUCAUUGUGGAGGCUGUGCAUUCAAACCGCGCUAGCCCGCUCCGGAAGUAGCCACUGCUUGAGGAAAGCACGACCGCAUUCUCACUCCUCCAUGCCAAGACCGCGAUGCAAUGCCGUGGCCGGACUGGCUGUGGUCACGUC